AUUGAUUCGUCCGCUGCAGAGCUGACUGUCGCUCUCCACUCACCGGGUUACUGUAGUUUUGGGGACCAGCUCCAUCUGUGUGUGUUAACAAGUCAAACUCUUGUUUUCUACUCGUCCGCACGUCUUUGCUCAGAGCAUCACUAAACCAGCUGCCACGAUGACGGAGACGGAGGUGUUAGAGAGGAAGCAGCAGCAGCAGCACAAGCCCAGCAACGGGCAUGAUAUCCCAACAGAGGCCAACAGAGACGACGUGUUUGAUCCCACAUACAAAGAGAAAGCGGGGCCCAAACCCCCCAUAGUCAUCGUAUGGAGAAAUGUUAUAUUGAUGUCGCUGUUGCAUUUAGGUGCCCUGUACGGCCUGACCCUUAUCCCCUCCGCAUCUCCUUUGACCUUGCUUUGGGGAUUAUUAUGUUUCGUGGUAAGUGCUUUAGGAGUUACUGCAGGAGCUCAUCGCCUGUGGAGUCACAGAUCCUACAAGGCCUCAUUACCUCUAAGGAUCUUCCUUUGUUUAGCCAACUCCAUGGCAUUUCAGAAUGAUAUCUUUGAGUGGGCUCGAGACCACAGGGUUCAUCACAAAUAUUCAGAAACAGAUGCUGACCCUCACAACGCCAUGCGGGGCUUCUUCUUCUCUCAUGUCGGCUGGCUGCUCGUGCGCAAACACCCCGACGUUAUUGAGAAAGGACGCAAGCUGGAACUCACUGACCUGCGCGCCGACAAAGUCAUAAUGCUUCAAAAACGGUAUUACAAGCUCUCCGUGGUGGUCAUGUGCUUCUUAUUACCCAUGUGGGUGCCUUGGUACCUGUGGGGUGAGACUCUGUGGGUGUCGUACUUCGUCCCAGCUGUGUUGAGGUAUGCCAUGUUGCUGAACGCUACCUGGCUGGUCAACAGCGCGGCUCAUAUGUGGGGAAACAGGCCCUAUGACAAGAACAUCAGCCCCACGGAAAACAUGUUUGUCACAUUCAGUGCAAUAGGUGAGGGAUUCCACAAUUAUCACCACUGCUUCCCUUAUGACUAUGCAACCAGCGAGUUUGGCUGCAAGUUGAACAUUACUACUUGUUUCAUUGACUUCAUGUGCUUUUUGGGCCUGGCAUCGGACCGCAAGAAAGUGCCCCGUGAGGUCGUCAUGGGCCGAAUACAGCGCACCGGAGACGGAAGCCACCGGAGUGGCUAAGAUUGAUGGAGUUUGGCCACAAUCAAAAAGAAGAAGCUUCACAGUCUUUAACAGCUAUACAUUUCUCAUCCCCUGAGGAUAAAAAGUCAGUUUCAUGAGGGCCUUGACCACAUUUUGCUUGCUUUUUUUGUGGGUUUUGUAGCUGUAACAAAACAAAAAAAAGGUCUUGCAAACAUGUUUUAGAUUUGAAGUAGAUCCAUUUUUAAAAGUCAACUGUUUUGCCACUUUUGGUGUGCAUUCUCCAUGUCAAGUCAAGUAGCCGAUCAUUUUUAUGUAAGUAUUACUCAAUUAUUAAUCGAAAUAGACAAGAAAUGGACCACUGAAAUAUGGAGUAACAUUUCAUCCGAUAUGGUGAUAUGGGUUGCCUUUUAUUGCAGUUUACAGCAAGUUUCCAGAGCUCUGAUAGAAAUUCACUUUCUGAACGCUCUAAGAUCUGAAGAAAAAGGAAUGGGAAUCAUGCUUUGCUAAAGAUUUAUGAAAUAUGGCACAUAAUGGAAGAGUGAGGGAAACCAGACCAUCUCAUAACCUGACUAUACCGGUACCCCAAAACUGUAUGGAAGCCGAGUCAUGCAGCGUGUGUUGCAGUUUGUAACUUGGUUUUCUUCUAACCAAACUAAAUACGUUGAAAAGUCAAAGGCUUUAGAGAAACGCACACUAUAUUUAGCGUUUCUCCAGACAAUAUGAGGGACACAUUUAUCAUGUCAUUUUAAACUGCCGUUCAAUAUUAACAGGAAAUGAUAAAUGGAAUUUUAACUUAGAGCCAUGCAAUAUUUAAUUGACUUUCUUGUGUUUUUAAUGAAUACAUCAUAGUGCCAAGAGCCUGUCAAUGGUCGACAUAUUUAUAACCAUCUCAAUGGUCCACUAGAGCACACGGUCGAUGUUCUUCACUCGACAUCAUUGUGGAAGUUUUUUUGUGGCAUCAGUGACUUCGCUUCCUCUUGAGAUUUUAUCCAACAUGUUCUUCUUCUGUUCCUUUGUCCUGAGACAACUCCAGAAAGAGAUCUCGCUGGUUGGACGCAUGCCAUCCAGUCACGUGACAGUUCUGGUGUUACAAAACAACAUGCCACCCGUGCAUGAUGAUAUACUGUAGUAGGUGUUGUAGUGAGGUGUUUCUCCGGUGACUCUAAUGGCAGAGCCAUUGUGUCUAUUUUUGUACCGUACUGUGGAGCUGCAUCGCUUUUGGAUAAUCAGGACUGUUGCCGUGGUGAUUUCUGAGACGGGGGUCUUGUUUCCUUUCAUCUUCAAUUCUGGUGUGGGGAAUGCUUAUAUUAUUUAUGUAUUUAUUUAGUUUUUUUAUUAACUUGAAAAAGUUGAAAAAAAAAGAUUGCUCUAACCUGAACCGUUUUUUCUGCAUUCCAACAUUUGGCAGACAGUCUCGUAAAGAAAAAUAGAUUUCUAUCAGAUUGGAGCACUUGUUUGUUUCUUUCCCAAGAGUCAGGAUCAAACCUAAUGCCUUAUGACUUGCAUCCAUUCCUGAUCUUCUUCACGUGCUGUUUAACUGAGACAAAAAGGUUCAAGUAUCACAAAACAAAUCUGCCAGAGGUCCAUGUUUACAGGCCGAAGCACCAGGCUGACCAUUGAGCGUUUAAUUUAAGCAAACCGUAGCAUGACAGCAUUACAGUAAAUGGAGUUCUGUAAAUGCAAAUAGAUGAUAGAGGUUCGUUUUCAAAGAAUCAGAUGCAAACGUGACGCCUGGUGCGAAAUAUUUGCCCUGAUGGAUGUGCCAAGUGGUUUCAACCUAUCAUGGCAUCUCAGUAUGAAAACUUCCAAACAAAAGGUGCUGUCAUGAGGAAGCACCUAACACCUGACAAGAUAUCACAAAGCCAUGCAAACAAGUCCUGCUGCCCGGAGCGCCAAAACCUUUCUAAUGACGAGGGGGAUGAAGAGGUUGUCACUGAAAAUGAUUAUGUCAAAUCUCAACUAUAUUCUAUUCUGAAAUAAAAUUCACAAUAUUUUCACUACACAAUAAUUCAAAA